ACCCCAAAUUACAAAGAACACUCACUGUAAAACAAUGAGAUGCUGUUAUGAUUUGCCACUGAGUUGAUCCAUUCGCCCGUUUAAUCGACGCAAGCUUUUUAUUAAUCUAAGAAGAUGACUUCCCUUCUCUGGGCGGCGUUUGGAUGGAGUGUUUUGUUCGUAGCGAUCUCGGUUGCGAAACCAACCGAUCCAUCUCCUAGCCAAUUGGCGCAAAAGAGCAAACACGCGCCAUCUAUGGCAGCGGACGACAAACAGGACAAAAGAAGCUUUGUGAUUAAUGGGAACUAUUACGCUUGUCCAAACUGGGAAAUGGAGACCCUUCUUCGAGGUAUCCAAGCGCAGCUCUCUGAAAUGCAGAAGCAACAACAGGACAUUAAACCAGUGACCAAGAACGAAACAGCCGUCAUGAGAGACUGUGCUGAUGUGUUCAAAGCUGGUGAAACAAUCAGUGGUGUGUACACGAUUAAUCCAGAUAAUGGCGACUCGUUUGAUGUUUAUUGUGACCAAAAAACAACUGGUGGAGGGUGGACAGUGAUACAAAAGCGAUUGGACGGCUCGGUUGAUUUUUAUCGAGGCUGGGCAGACUACAAACGAGGCUUUGGUAACCUGAAUGGCGAGUUUUGGCUUGGACUAGACAAGAUGCACGGAUUGACCAAGGAAGGAAGAAACAGGAUUCGUUUCGAUCUAGAGGACAUUGAGGGAAACACUGCCUAUGCUGAAUACGACAUGAUCGCUGUGGCAAGUGAGAGAGCCAAGUAUCAACUAAGCCUGGGGGCUUACACUGGAACUGCUGGUGAUUCUUUUGGCUAUCAGCGAGGCGCUCCUUUUUCGACCAAAGAUCAAGAUAAUGACCCGGAUGCCCGUCACUGUGCAGUAACCUUUAAAGGAGGAUGGUGGUACAGUACCUGUCGCCAUUCAAACCUGAACGGUCUCUAUCAUCACGGUACUCACAAGUCCCGCGCUGAUGGCAUCAACUGGUAUCAUUGGAAGGGAGACUACUACUCCGCCAAGAGAUCUGAAAUAAAAAUAAGACCGGCGGAUUUUGAGAAAUUUUUGUUACUUGCUUGAUCAUGAAUAAAUUUUUUUUAUUCAAACCUUUAGAUGAAAGUGCCUUUGGUUUCUUAACCCUUUAACCCCAGCCAGCCAUAAAAAGUUCGGUGUUGAUUAUGUUUAAAGUCAGGAAAUGGAACCUUGAUCGAUUUUAGGUGUAAUGUGAAUUUUACAACCAAUUUUACGCCAAAAACUGCUCACUUUUUUUUUUUUUUUUUUAGCUACGUCAGAAUGCGGUUGAUAUCCAGAACGGACAGCGGUGCGGAUGGAUCUAUCGUAGCUCUAUUAUCUGCUAAUCAAGAAUAUCUAAUGACGCCUAAAUUGAUGACGUCACAAGUGCACAAAGUGCAUGACCCCACAGCGUACGAAAACGUACGAUUGGCGCUUAAAGGGUUAAGAGAGAACGGUUGAGAUAAAAUAUUCCUUGCACAAUCUUGUUGUAAUCAAAAUUGUGCAAGGAAUUUAAUUUUAGCCUUGGCUAAAUCUAUAUAUUAUCUAUGAUUUCUAUAUUAUUAUCUAUAUAUUAUCUAAUUUUUUAAAGGCAGUAAUAGCGCGAGCAAUUUCACACAAGAGCAUGUAUACAAUAACAGAUGUGCAGAAUAUUAUUUUCAGCAAAACGCAGUUAGAUUGUAAUACGAAUGAGACCAUUAUUUGUCGGCAGUUAUUUGCAGGUUACGUGGUGGUCUCCCGACAAUAAGCAUGAUGAAAAAGAAGAAAAUGUGCAUCGAAUAUAAAUAGACCCUUUUCUCAAGCUUCUUUAACCUCAUUAAUUCUUUAACCAAAUUACAGCCUAAAAAGGAAUUGUUGCUUUUAGGCUUAAACUAUUUGCCAGACAUUUUGUCUUUCCACCCUUUUUUAAAACCUACAGUCAGCGGUUCUUCAAAUGAUCGAGCGGUUACGUAAAAUAGAAACGAUCUUUUAAAAAUGCUUUCACGCGGAUCUCAAGCAUACUUGUUUUAAAACUCUCUCCGACCUUUCCGAACUUUUGGUGAGCGUAGCUGACGGUUUUCCUUUUUAAUCUGUUUUUUGUUUGUU